AUGGCACUGUCUCUGCCGGAUUACUCAGUUGUAUCCGACGGGAAAACCAAAUAUUUCUCAAGAAAAUAUUAUAUUUCCGGUUUCACCUGUAUUUUACUUCAUGGACUGGAUAUCCUCGUUCCCAGUGACACGGCACGUGCUGGAGUACACGCAAAAACAGCUGUGCGCGGUGCUGAGGAGCGGAAGCGUGCCGCAGCACAUCGGGUUCAUCAUGGACGGCAACCGCAGAUACGCCAGGAUGAACAAGAUGGAGACCAAGGAGGGCCACAGCGCCGGGUUCGACACGAUGGCCCGGCUGCUGGAGGUGUGCUACGACUGCGGCGUGCAGGCAGCGACGGUGUUUGCCUUUUCGAUCGAGAACUUCAACCGCAGCGAGUACGAGAUCGAGUGGCUCAUGAAGCUGGCCAAGUCCAAAAUGAAACAGGUGGUGGACAACGGCGAGCUGUGCCACAAGUACGGCUGCUCAACAUCUGCUGUCCGUACACAGCCAGAGACGAUAUCACGCAUGCAAUAAAAAAUAUCAUAGCCAGGGGCCACGACCCAGAGGACAUCACACAGGACCUCGUGAGCGAAAACCUGUACACGGCGGGCGUCCCAAAGCUGCAGCUGCUCAUACGAACGUCCGGCGUGUACAGGCUGAGCGACUUCAUGCUCUGGGAGGCCGUCGACGAGGACUGCGACGUCGAGAUCCUGUCUGUGCUCUGGCCGCAGUUCACGCCGCUGCUGAUGCUGUGGGUUCUGUUCAAGUGGGGCUGGAACAGGGCCGGCCGCGCACGCAGAAACAAGCGGCUGCUCGUAAACCACGGCAAGGACGACUAG